CGCACAUGCGCAGUGGAGAGUAGAAACUUGGAAUAAGUUAUCCCGGGGUCGCAGAGGAAUGUCACAGCCUGGCUAUGCGCACUUAUAGCGGCACCUAGCGCCGUCACACAGUACGGAUAAGGCGGAGGUGCCCGGUGGUGGAAGUGACACCGCUGCCGGCCUGCAACUACUGGUGCCCGGUGAUCCGUUACUUCCUCCGCCGGCAGCAGCGCUGAGGGUUCUGUGCGUGGCUGGUAGCGGCCCCGGCCAGGAGGACUAGUGCCUGCGUGGUGUCCGGGCACAGCCUUCCCCGCAUGGAAUGCACAAUCCCGGCUCAGUGUCAGCGCCUCUUCCGUGCCUGUGAAGAUGGGGACUUGGACGGUGCCCGCAGGCUCCUGGAGCCGGAGACUGCCAGCGUCACAUCCAGCAUCGGAGGACGUGCCGGAGAUGGACCCGCAGUUUCGGACAGUCAGGGGGGGAGCUCCGCUGUGUCCGCCCUGGUGCCGGUAGACUCCACGGACGAGGAUGGUAACACGGCGUUGCAGCUGGCGGCCGGGGUCGGACACGAACCGCUGGUCAGGUUCCUGCUGAGGAAGGGGGCCUCGGUGGACAGCAGGAACUACUACGGCUGGACAGCCCUCAUGCAGGCGGCUAGGUCAGGACAUGAAAAUGUUGCACUCAUACUACUGGAGAAUGGUGCAGAUGUCAAUGCCCAGAAUAGACUUGGUGCAAGUGUCCUUACAGUGGCCUCAAGAGGGGGUCAUGCAAGCGUGGUCAAACUACUUCUCGAAAGUGGUGCUUUCGUGGAUAAUUAUGAUCACUUUGAUGUCAAUAUUGUAAGUAGUAAAGGCCACAGAGAGGAUAUGCCUGAGAUCACAGCCUUAAUGACAGCUGCACAACAUGCUCAUGAGGCAGUGGUGCGUCUCUUACUGGACUGGGGAGCUGACGUAAAUUACCGUAUUAAGACAGGUUGGAGUCCAUUGAUGCUGGCUGCGCUGCAUGGCCGUGUUAGUGUGGCCCAGCAGCUGGUGGAUAGGGGAGCUGAUCCAGACCAAGUAAACAGCUUGGAGAAAACGCCUUUUGAAAUUGCCCUAAACUUCAAACAUAAAGACAUGAAAGAUUACUUGGAUUCAAUAACAACAAUCAGGCCCAAGACUGAUGAAGAAAAGCGACGACCAGACAUUUUUCAUGCUGUGAAAAUGGGGAACCUGUUGCUGGUUACAGAGAUUCUAGAUGAGGAUCCUAACCAAGUAAAUGCUGUUAAUGCAGAUGGAGCGUCUCCACUAAUGAUAGCAGCGGUUACUGGGAAACUGGAACUUGUGCGCCUUCUGGUUGAUAAGAAUAUAGAUAUAAACAAACAGGACAGUGUCCAUGCCUGGACCGCUCUAAUGCAAGCCACUUAUCAUGGAAAUAAAGAAAUUGUGAUUUACCUAUUAAGUCAAGGAGCUGAUGUUAACCUGCGUGCAAAAAAUGGCUAUACAGCAUUUGACUUAGUAAUGCUGCUCAAUGAUCCAGACACUGAGCUGGUUCGACUACUGGCAUCUGUCUGUCUGCAAGUGGACAAAGAAAAGUCAAAACAAAAGACUAAAUUAUUUCUCAAUUCUAAGAGCAAACCAUCUUAUAACAUUCCACUUCCACCUGACGACAGAGCUGGAUUAAAGUCAUGGUGGAAUAGGAUGUCUAAUCGUUUCCGCAAGCUUAAACUGACACAGACUCUAAGGCACGGCUUCUCUGCCAAUCGUCUUGUACCUUUUACUGAAAAUGCCAGUGCGUCUCUUGAUUCAAUGAUGCGAACACCUUCACAAACAGACACAAGCAACCCACGAAGACCUGACUCCACUACAGCCUGGACAUCUUCCACCACAGACAGCGGAUUGGGAACAACAAAAACUGAGAAUGACGACUUGCUACUGGCUACUAUGUUAAAGAAUGGCGCUCCAUUUGCUAAACUCCCCAAUGACAAGCUGAAGGCUGUGAUCCCACCCUUCUUACCCCCUUCAAACUUUGAGCUUUGGAAUUCUGACCGCUCCAGGAUUAGCAAAGAUGGGAAAAUGGAGCAGACCCGAGCAUCCAUGCCCCCACGGCUGUCAAAAACAAGUUUUAACAGUAGUGGCAAUUCAGAUAUAACUUCAGUCAGCAGAGCGCCAAGAGCAGUUAAAUUUCCAUCUUUGCCAAGAAGUCCUGCUUCCCCUUCAAAUUCAGGCAACUUCAACCACUCCCCACACUCUUCUGGUGGUGCCAACAGUGUAACAGGAGGAAGUGCAGAUAAUGUCUUGUCUCAGAUAGCAGCCCAGAGAAGGAAAGCAGCUAGCUUAUCUGAGCAGAAGAAAACACAGAGGCACAGCCCAGUCAGCACAACCUGUGGAUCCAUUAUCCCUGAGCAACAAGGUGUCCUCCCUACUAGCAAUGGACUUCUACCAAAGAAAGUUGAUAUUGUAAAGCGUCCUCAAUCAGGGACAUCCUCUACCUCUAAGAGCACAUCCCCUACGCUGACCCCUUCUCCAUCAUCUACACCAAAAGGUCGUCUAGCAGAGUCAUCCGUAUCUUCUUCCUCUUCUCACAAGCAGUCGAAGAGUAGUGGAGGCUCUAGCAGUGGAACCAUUACUGAUGAAGAUGAGCUGUCUGCCAUACUCAAGAAGUUGUCACUCGAGAAGUACCAGCCUAUUUUUGAGGAGCAAGAAGUUGACAUGGAAGCCUUUCUCACGCUUACUGAUGGCGAUUUGAAGGAGUUGGGAAUAAAGACACAUGGGUCCAGGCAGCAAAUAUUGGCAGCGAUUUCUGAACUCAAUGCGGGAAAGGGUCGCGAGAGACAAAUUCUACAAGAAACCAUACACAACUUUCAUUCUUCAUUUGAGAGUAGUGCUAGUAAUACUCAGCCUGCGGGAGCUCACCAGUCUCCCUCUGUCUGUACAAAACCAAAAGCACCUAUUUCUAACAAAAGGUAGCAUUGGCUGUCCUGGUGAGAAGAUCUAUAAUCCCAGUGAGCCGAAACAGGUUUCUAAACUGCUUGUAGAUGCCAUGGUCUUGUCACAGAUGGCGCAUACAGAUUCUGAAGCUUGCUUCACCUCAUCACUGUUAUAUAAUAAAAUAAUUGAGCACCACAUGGAACAUUAAAGGCAAUCAGCCUCAAACAGAAGACAAGAGGAAAGAAUUGUGCCUAUCAGAAGAUUCCUUAAUGACCAAGAAAAGAAAAUUGCAUGGAAGUGUGAUUUAAUUACAUUUGCGAGAUGUUAAUAUUUUCCUAUCAAACCUUAAUACAAUCAUUCUAAACUGAGGUCAUGAUAGAUUGUUUGAAAAUAAAAACCUCAAGAUCAACUGAA